CACCAUUGGAAGGAAGCCAUUAUUACGCUCAUUAGCUUAUAUGUUGGUGCGGUGUAGAAAUUGAAGAUUAGUGGCGUUUCUUUAAAUUAUUGUUGUAUAUUUCCUAAUUUAACUUUUGUCAUUUGUAUCAACAAUGGCCACGGACGACAAACUAAACAUAGAUAGUAUUAUUGCUAGACUGCUUGAAGUCAGAGGAGCAAGGCCGGGAAAGAAUGUGCAGCUUACGGAAAGUGAAAUCAGGGGAUUGUGUCUAAAAUCCAGAGAAAUCUUUUUAUCCCAACCUAUUCUUUUGGAGCUGGAAGCUCCCUUGAAAAUUUGUGGGGAUAUCCACGGACAGUACUAUGAUCUGCUACGUCUCUUUGAGUACGGUGGUUUCCCACCAGAAUCUAACUACCUGUUCCUGGGCGAUUACGUUGAUAGAGGUAAACAGUCGUUGGAAACAAUCUGUCUCCUCUUGGCUUACAAGAUCAAGUAUCCUGAAAACUUCUUCUUGUUGAGGGGCAACCAUGAGUGCGCCAGCAUCAACAGGAUAUACGGGUUCUACGAUGAGUGCAAACGAAGGUACAACAUUAAGCUGUGGAAAACGUUCACGGAUUGCUUCAACUGUUUACCUGUCGCCGCAAUUGUCGAUGAGAAGAUCUUCUGUUGUCAUGGAGGCCUGAGUCCUGAUCUGCAGAGCAUGGAACAGAUCCGCCGUAUCAUGAGGCCCACGGACGUGCCUGAUCAAGGACUACUUUGUGACCUGCUGUGGUCGGAUCCCGAUAAGGACACAAUGGGAUGGGGAGAGAACGAUAGAGGAGUAUCUUUCACAUUCGGCGCUGAAGUGGUGGCUAAGUUCCUCCAUAAGCAUGACUUUGACUUGAUAUGUAGAGCCCACCAGGUGGUUGAAGACGGAUACGAGUUCUUUGCCAAACGACAAUUAGUCACUUUGUUCUCCGCUCCAAAUUACUGUGGCGAAUUCGACAACGCUGGUGCAAUGAUGUCUGUCGACGAGACUCUAAUGUGCUCCUUCCAAAUUCUCAAGCCGGCAGACAAAAAGAAGUUUCCCUCGUACAACGUGAUAAACAGUGGGCGACCAGUAACACCCCCUCGAGGCGUUACGGCAAAGAGGGAUAAAUCCAAGAAGUGAAUCAACCCUUACUACGUGAACAUAGGUUUUUUUUUUGAUCUCCUUGAGAUAUCCCUGUGCAACGAUAGCAUAAUAAUUGUUCUGUUUCAUGUUUGCUUGUUUCCGCAAUUUAAAUUUUAGGUAAAGAAGGACAAUUUUUAUCUGUAAAUGUGGAUCAACCCCCCACAUCUACAAAUAUAUAUACGUAUUAUAUGCCCACUGUAAUAUUCUUUCAGGGUCGAUUCGUAAUUUUAAGCUGUUAUAAAACAUAGUAAUCAUUCAUUUAGAUUGCAUAAGAUACACAAUACUUGCCUAAAUUAAUUUUUAUGGAGUUGUUCCCUGUUAAAAUAUUAUUUUUUAUGAAGUUCAUAAAUGAAAAAAGAUUUGUGUUCUGUCUAUUUAUCAUUGAUAAGAAGAAAUUGUGAUAAAACUUUGGUGGGUGUAAGUGAAAGUAAGAAAAAUGCUGUGUGUAGAUCACAUGGUAUCAUAAUUUUUUAGUUAAAACUUAAAAUAUCUGCAAAGUCAGCUAUAUUUAAGUUGUAGAUUAUGUAUUUUCAAAAGAGCUAUUCAUAAUGACUAUGGAACAUUAUCAUAAGCUUCAUUCUUACUUAAUACAUUUAAUGUUUUGAGCAGAUUUUCAUUGAGGUUAUUUGAAAGUUAAUACACUGCUGGUUAGUAUUAGAUUUUCAGAGACCAUUGUCGGUGCUCUAAUAAAGUUUAAAAGAUCUUUAUGCUAGUUGAUGUCCAGUUAUAAGAUUAUUCAGAUUAUUUGUCUAUUGACCUUACUAAGUUUUAGUACAAUAUUGGUUAAGGAUUAUAUUGCAAUCUCAAGCUUUAUUUUAUCAUUUUUUUAUUUUAUACAAAUUGUUUACUACAGUUCUUUUUUUAAUGGAAAUAUAAUCUCCGAAAAGAAAUUCACUUGUAAAAGCUUUCACACCAAAACAAAAUUACUUAAAAGAAAGAAUUGGCAAGUAAGAAUAAAUGGGAAUAGCAGCUAGCCUACCUUGGAAGUACAGGUAAGUUAUAGAACACAAUAUUAUGCCCCUCUGAAGUUGAAAUAUUUUGUGUUUUAUGGGCUUCCUGACUUAUUUUAAUGUAAACUAGCUGCUAUCCCAUUUAUUCUACAAUUAAAAAUCGUGGCCUAUAGCCUUUCCUGGAACAAAAAACCAAUUGGCUGCUAAGGAAUUUGUUUAAAUGGAAUAGAGUUCAGCUAGCAUAGCUGAGAAAGUUUGAGGGGCUAAUGGAUACACAAUAAAAUAACAUUAAACAUCACACUAUUACAUCCUGAUGUAGGACUUUUUUCUCUUCAACCCACUCUCUAAAGAAGUUCCAAUCAGGGUUAUGUUUUAUGUUCUUUUAUUGUGUAUCUGUUGGCCACUGGACUAAAUUUUUUUCAGGUAAGAUAGCUGAACUUGUCCCUUUUCAAUAAAAAUGUAACACCCUUGCUGUUCAAGGAUAUAUUUUGAUGUAAAAUUCCAAAUUUCCUCAUAUCAAUUUCCGAGAUUCCGUUCACUAAUUCAUUUAAGUUAAACUCACUUCGUAGCAACAUAAGACACCAUGGUUGUUAUAGCUGUAGGAUAUAAUGUGUAUAACAAAACUCAUUUUUUAUUAGCAAUAUCAAGUAUGUUUCAAAUUCUGUAAUCAACAGUAUAAAUUAUUUGAUUUUUCUCUAUGUACCCAUAGUUUUGAUGUACUGUAAACAUUAUUCUCGUCGUAAUGUAUAUUGUUUCUGAAAAUUCUUUUUUAAUGGAGCACAUAAUGAAAUAAAUAUGAAAUAAUUUUA